GCGCCCUGGAGCGCUGGGUUUAAUCAACCAUAUCGUUAUCUUAUCUCAUGUACUUAUGGAUGUUAUUAAUGGCUGUGAGAGCAUCCGGUCUGGUUUGGGGCUGUGCUGCAUCACCAUGACCCUCUGAUGGUUCACUCCUGCGUCCUAGGAUGGGGAACCAACCUGUAGGAUACUGAGCCAAAGGAUGCCAGGAGCAGCCCGGGAAGGUCCCAGCUGGACCUGAGUCCUUGUUUCAGUGCCAAAGCCAGCAGUGUCCUGGCUCAGUACCCGCUCUGGAUGCAUCCCCAUGGCCAGGAUCCGGGCACAAACCUUUUAUCCCAGCCCAUCCAUGGAGCCUCUGUGACAUCCAGCAGAAAGAAGGGAGAACAUUCCCUAUGGAGAAGGAUGCUCCAGGGGCUUUUAGCAUUAGCACAUGGGCUCUGAUACUCACUGGUCCUGCAGGGUAGCCACGUGGUGGGUGUUGCAGUAGGACCCUGCACCCCAUGGUCAUGAUGCUGUUGGAGGGGAGGGCAGUAGAAGGGCUGUUCUGUGUCCCAUUCCAAGCAGUUGUUUGAUUUCUUUUCCAUCACCAUUAUUAUUUUUCACCCUUGGAUGCCUGCCAUGCAUCCCUGAUGUACAGUAGCGCGCCCGGCUCCGUCCCACUUCCCUGUUUGUCUAACUUUUUGACCCUGGAGAAUUCAAAUCCAUUUUCUUUCCUCUUCUAAGAAGGAGAAAAAAACCCACCCCACCAAACCUAUAUUAACCUGGCUCAAUAGGAGGCAUUUUCUUGAACUUAUUAAAAAAUCCAGACUUGUAAAUUAAUUUGUUCAUGUUGUACAAUGGCAGUGCAGAUGGACUCAUUAGCAUGCACACAACAAAUAAUUAUAGAUGAAUUUUUAGCUGGCCUGCUUAAUGGGCUUGCUGGGUUAAUUAUGUCAAUGUAUAAUUACAUCAGCCCUGGGAGACAUAAUGGCACACCCUGCUGAGCAGACACUAGCUAAUGAUGGUGUAAUGCUGACAGAGGGAAGACGGACGGCUCUGAAUGCACCUGCUUACCUCGGCACAAACCGCCAUUGUCUGUGCCCAAACGGGCCAGCACUGGUGGCACUGGGGCCACUGGUGCUGUGGGUACCACCGGCUCGCUCACGGAGGUGAUGCUCCCUCAUAGCCUUGCCAGUCCACUGGGGAUGGCGAUGGAAAGCGCAGGACUGAGGGGUGUGCCUGUGGCACUUGGUACCCUGAGGGGUUCCUCAGGGUGAGGAGGACACCCGCUUUGGUUAUGAGUGCAAUUGGGGUGGUGAGGAGGGUGGGCAUCGGGUCCACAGGGAGGUGGGAGAGGGCUUGUGGUGGGCAUCCCUUCUGCUCACCACCGCAUCCCGUGUCCCGCAGAUCCCGCUCCUGUGUUGGAGGCUGCGCGGAGCCUUGAGGACCGGCUGCAGCAGCUCCAGCGCCUCGAGCCUGAACCUUCUCACCUGAAGGACCUCAGCCGACCCUGGAAGAAGCACCCGGAGCUCAUCAGCACCAAAGAGCGCAGGGAGGGGACAUCGCCGGCAGUGGCCGAGUCCCCACAGCCUGGGAUCGAGGGCAAAGCAUCGUGCACAGAGACCCUGCUGCAGAGCAAUGAGGCAGAACAGCAAAAGUACGGGGCUGCAGGAAGCACAGGUCACUUUGGCCGCUCGGCUCGGGGAGGCAGAGGAGAAGAUCAAAGUGCUCCACGCAGCGCUGAAGGCCACCCAGACGGAACUGCUGGAGCUGCGGUGUAAAUACGACGAGGAAGCUGCAUCCAAGGCAGACGAAGUAGCCAUGAUCAUGACAAACCUGGAGAAAGCCAACCAGCGAGCGGAGGCGGCGCAGAGGGAAGUGGAGAGCUUGCGGGAGCAGCUGGCGGCUGUGAACAGCUCCCUGCGCCUGGCCUGCUGCUCCCCGCCAGGCACUGCCGGGGACAAAGUGAACUAUUCCAUGUGCUCAGGGUCGAGGCUGGAGGCAGCGCUGGCUGCCAAGGACCGGGAGAUCCUGCGGCUCCUGAAGGACGUGCAGCACCUCCAGAGCUCGCUGCAGGAGCUGGAGGAGUCCUCUGCCAACCAGAUCGCCGAGCUGGAGGGGCAGCUGGCUGCCAAGAAUGAAGCCAUUGAGAAGCUGGAGGAGAAGCUGCAGGCACAGGCGGACUACGAGGAGAUCAAAACAGAGCUGAGCAUCCUUAAGGCGAUGAAGGUGGCCUCCGCCAGCUGCAGCCUUCCCCAGGCAAGUGCCGCGGCGCGCGCCGGCACGCUCACCGGGCUAUGGCGCCCAUGCCAGCCCUGCCGCCGGUGCCUCCGCCGCCCUUUCCCAUCUCGGCUUGGCUCCUUGCAGAGCAUAUCGAAGGCAGAGGAGGCCCUGCUGCUGGGGAAGGAGGCAUUCUACCCCUCCCAGAAGUACCUGCUAGAGAAGCCCAGUCUGAUGGCCAGCACUGAAGAGGAUCAUUCCGAAGAUGAGUCAGGGAAGGACUCGCUGGGCAUGGAGCAGCCGUACCCAUCCCCGCAGCACGCCCCGGCGGAAGAAGCCGCAUCCCCCACUCCCAUCCCACCUCUGCCCGGCCCUGGCUUGGCCCCCGAUGGACCACGGACAUUCUCCUUGUCCCCCUUCCCGGGGGGAGAGCGACUUUCAGGGGACCCCAAGGCCCCCCAGCUCCCACCACCCUCCUAUAAGGGCGAGAACACUGGUGCGGGGCCACCUUUCCCCUCCGGCAUCUUCAGUGCCAAAAGCAGCACCGCGCACCCCGGUGGCACCGCGCCGGCCACCAGCCCGCCGGGAGAGCCAACCGAGAGCAGCACCAGCAGCAAUGCUGAGGAGGAGCAGUUGGACACGGCCGAAAUCGCCUUCCAGGUGAAGGAGCAGCUGCUGAAGCACAACAUCGGGCAGCGGGUGUUCGGGCAUUACGUGCUGGGGUUAUCGCAGGGCUCCGUCAGCGAGAUCCUGGCCCGGCCCAAGCCCUGGCACAAGCUGACGGUGAAGGGCAAGGAGCCAUUCAUCAAGAUGAAGCAGUUCCUCUCCGACGAGCAGAAUGUGCUGGCCCUGAGGACUAUCCAGGUGCGCCAGAGAGGUAGCAUCACGCCGCGGAUCAGGACGCCGGAGACCGGCUCUGACGAUGCCAUCAAAAGCAUCCUGGAGCAGGCCAAGAAGGAGAUCGAGUCACAGAAGGGAGGGGAACCCAAAACACCCUCGGCAUCACAAGCAGUGGCCAACGGGGCAGGCGGCGGCAGCAGCUCGGAAGAUGCCAUCAAGAGCAUCCUGGAGCAGGCACGGCGGGAGAUGCAGGCGCAGCAGCAGGCGCUGCUGGAGAUGGAAUCGGGGGGCAGUGGGCGCCCCGGGGACACACCACCCACCGAGCGCUCCACGCUGGCCACUGUCAGCCAGAACAUUGUCCCCACCUAUGUCAAGCAAGAGGAGGGAAAUGGGGCCAGCCCUGGCCCCCCCCAGACACCCCUGGCUGUGCUCUCCCCCGCCGCCUUUGUCCAGAGCAUCAUCCGGAAGGUGAAGUCGGAGAUUGGUGAUGCCGGCUCCUACUUUGACCAGCACUGGGCAUCGGAGCGGAGCCUGCUCAGCCGACCUUACACCUCCGUCUCGCCUUCGCUCUCCUCCUCCUCCUCAAGCUACUCCAGCAUGGCCAAUGGCCGGGGCUGGCCGCGGGGUGAGCCCGCUGAAGGGGGCACCAAUGAGGAGGAGCUGCCGCCAGCAGAUGAUGAACCACAUCGGCUCACCGAGGUGAAGGCAGAGGGAGCCAGCACGGAGCCGGCUGCUGGUGGUCGCCUCUCUUACUACCCCACCUAUGUGCCACGGACCCUGAAGCCCACGGUGCCGCCGCUGACCCCGGAGCAGUACGAGAUGUACAUGUACAGGGAGGUGGACACGCUGGAGCUGACCCGGCAGGUCAAGGAGAAGCUGGCCAAGAACGGCAUCUGCCAAAGGAUCUUCGGAGAGAAGGUGCUGGGGCUGUCCCAGGGCAGCGUGAGCGACAUGCUGUCACGGCCCAAGCCAUGGAGCAAGCUGACGCAGAAGGGUCGGGAGCCCUUCAUCCGCAUGCAGCUCUGGCUGACGGACCAGCUGGGCCAAGGCAUCAGCCAGCAGCCAACACCUUCCCAGGGGUCCCUGCCCUCUCCCAUCCCACCAUCCCCGCUGACCCCUCUGCCCCGGUGUCACACAGCCAGCCCGGUGGAGCCCCAGCCGUCCCCCUCGCCGCCCCCCAGCCCUGCUGAGCACGAAAAGGGCUGCCAGGAGCCCCUCACCCUGGCCUUGGAGAGCAGCAAAGAAAACCAGCAGCCCGAGAGCCGGUCCACGCCUGCGCUGGGUGGGAAGACGUACCCCAACAGCCAGGGACCUGUGGGCAUCCAGGAGAUCGUCGCCAUGUCCCCGGAGCUGGAUACCUACUCCAUCACCAAGAAGGUCAAGGAGGUCUUGACGGACAACAAUUUAGGCCAGCGGCUGUUUGGGGAGAGCAUCCUGGGCCUGACACAGGGCUCGGUGUCCGAUCUCCUCUCCAGGCCCAAGCCAUGGCACAAGCUGAGCCUGAAGGGGAGGGAGCCCUUCGUCCGCAUGCAGCUCUGGCUCAACGACCCCCUCAACGUGGAGAAGCUGCGCGACAUGAAGAAGCUGGAGAAGAAAGCCUACCUGAAGCGUCGGUAUGGGCUGAUGAGCGCCGGCUCGGACAGCGAGUCCCCCAGCGCCCGCUCCGAGUGCGCCAGCCCCAGCCUGCAGCCGCAGGACCUCAGCAUCCUCCAGAUCAAGAAGCCACGAGUGGUGCUGGCCCCGGAGGAGAAGGAAGCCUUGAAGAAAGCCUACCAGCUGGAGCCCUACCCCUCGCAGCAGACCAUCGAGCUGCUCUCCUUCCAGCUCAACCUCAAGACCAACACCGUCAUCAACUGGUUCCACAACUACAGGUCACGGAUGCGGCGGGAGAUGCUGGUGGAGGGCGCACCGGACAACGACACGGAUCCAGAGCAGAGCAGUGGGACACCCAUCCCAGUGCGCCAGGCCCCCCAUAGCCCCGAUUCGGACACAGAGGACCGUAAACCUGUGUUUGGGGGGGGCGAGCACCCCUGUGCCGCUGUGAAGGUGAAGGAGGAGCAGGGGGAGGCAGGCGGCUGGGGCCGCCGGCGGGACUCACACAGCCCGGCCGGGGCAGCCGAGGGCACCGGACCCCCGCAGGAGGAUCGGGGGGCAGACCCCCAUGCUGCUGCCCCCAGUGCUGGCAGCCUCCCGCGGCGGGGGGGCCGUGCCGGUGCCGCCACCACAGGCCCCCCACCGCCGCCACCGCCGCAUCCCGACAGCUCCCAGUCCUCAUCAGGGUCAUCCCGUUGCAGCUUGGAGGUCUCCCCAACAUCGCCCUCAGCAGCAUCCUCGCCCGGCCUCACUGGCUCAGCCUCACCGGGGCCAUCGUCUGCUGGACCAGUGUCACCGGCGCUGCCGCCAGCGCCCGGCCCCCGGCUCAGCACCAGCGUCCAGCGGCGCCAUGAGAAGAUGGCCAACCUCAACAACAUCAUCCACCGCCUGGAGCGGGCUGCCAACCGCGAGGAGGCCCUCGAGUGGGAGUUCUGAGCCCUCCAACACCCUGGAUAUAUAUAUAUAGACACCCACAUAUAUAUACAUAUAUUUUGUUAAAUGCAGCACGCACCGAGAGGCGACAGGCAGCCGGCACCAUGGAGCAGCCAUGGAAAAAGGGGGUGGCCCCCAUGGCAAAGCCACAUCUCCCCCAGCUUUGUUUUAAAUGUGAAAAACUGGGACCGAUUUUAGAAAAGCAAAAAGCAAAAAAAAAAAAGAAAACAAAAAAUAUUUAUAGACCUCUUUUAGAUAUUUUAAUAAAAGGAUACUUUGGAAUUUAUUAACAGCCUAAGCUGCUUUGAUAUUAAAGAUAGCUAUAAAAUGAAGAUGAUGUAGCAGUCGUGUCAUUAAAUGUACACUGAAGUCUUGUAGUUUGCCACUGGAUGAGAUUAAAAACAAAGGAAAAUCCCACAGGAAAAGACUGAGCAAAGCCAUCGAGAAGCACUAUGAGACUGACCAAAUGGACUGAAUGUUUGCUGAGCAGUUUCCACCUCUGUCUGUAAGACACCGCAUCGCUUCUGCCCCAGCCAGAGACUGCGACAUAGUCCCUGAAGACUCUAAAGCGACCCCCCUGAUGCCAUCGAGUAUGUAUUUAGUUCUGGUGGUUUAUGUUCUUGGAAACCUUUGUAACACAGAAUGUCCCGUGCGGUUGUAUAUGUUGUAGAGAUGUCUGCACUAGCCUCCUGGAACAAGAUGUAGCAUGGUCCCAACGCUGUCCCUCCUGCUUCCUCCAGCUGGUAACCAGUGGCAGCCCCAAUAGGGCACGGUGCAGCUCCUGCCAGCUCCCAAAGGAAGAGGAAAACCAAUGCAAAAGCAACGAGAGCAACCUGUGCUUGUUAUUGUGGGAGCGAGACGGGAAGAGGUACCUGGGUGUGAUGCUCAGGGGUGGCUCCAGCUCGCUGGGAAUGGGCAUCCAUUCGAUCCUAGUUCCCCAUGCUCUGCCAUCGUUCAUUUGGGAAAGGAGAAGAGAUGGAGCCUUUGAGCUUUGCCUUUGGGGCACCAGUGCUUGGGGAUGAGCACCCAACAAUGAGCUGCCUGCUCACAGGGGGUCAAGCCCUGCUCGGGGCUGCUCCCAGCAUCACAGCCAGCUCUGGUGGCUGAAGCACUUUUACUUAGGGAGAGCACCCGAGCAGGAGGAGCAUCCCCUCACUGCACUGGUAUUCCCAGGCAGUGGCUGCCUGUGAAGCAGGAUGAGGCCCAGGUUGUCACACCAGGCUCUUGCCUGAACUGGGGAAGCUCAGACCUGAACUGGGCAAAGCACCAUUGAGCUUUGGCUUUCCAGGGCUGACCCGGUGCCACGUCCCAACCCCACCACCACCAGCUGGGCUCUGCUUUCAAAAUGCCUUUAAACACCAUGGGGUGGCCCAUGCUGGGCUGCUCUGCCCUGUCCCCUGCCCGCAUGGCAUCAGCCAUCACCCAGCGUGGCCACUGCCAUCGGGAGGGCUCCCUGCAGGCUCUGAGGCUAUGCAUUGACCGAUUUAUACAUUUUUAUCAGAAGAGAAGGUAUUUUUAUACAUGGUGGUGGUCGGUGAGCGAUGCUAAAAGUGGCUCCAUGGAGGCACAGCUCUCCUUGCCCACCUACCCUGCUCCAGCGAGCCCCAGCUCGCCCAUGGCCACUCUUUUCCCUGCCACCACUCUGCAGAAGGUCAAGGCAUGAUCAUUGCUCUUUUCCGCCGUGUGCUAGCGGGAGCUUUAGUGGAAUGGGAUUCAAGGAAGCACUUAGGAUGGUCUCGGACACGGCAAUCCUGUUGUAUUAAAGCUGGCGGGACGCACCGGUCACGUUUUUGUUAGGCUCAUGUACUGUACUUCAAAAGUUUCUAUGAGCUCGAUGAACUUUGUUUAACAGUUUUGGAAGGAACAAGUUCUGUAAAGAGCCACUAAAUACAGAAGUUGGAUACGA